UUAACCGUGUACAGUGGACAUGUGUUGGAAAAACGAUUACAGUGUGAACUGUUUUUUAUUUAUUGUCGCCUUUGAGUUUGCCUUCCGAAAUAUUUAUUAGGCAGGAUAAUAUAAAACCAAACAACAUGACUUCAAACUCUUGGGCAAAUGGCCUAGUUCAAACGCUGAAAAACCCAAAAUCUCAUAUAAUAUCAUCCAACUUGGCUGUGGUAAUCAGUGAUAAAUAUCCAAAGGCAAAACAUCAUUAUCUUGUCCUACCGCUGGAAGAAAUACACUCAAUAUUUAAUGCUGCCGCAAAUAAAUUUAACAUCUUUUUUUCUCCACAGCUCAAUAGGCAACAUAUUCCCUUAUUACAAGAAAUGCAUUUAUUGGCUUUAAAUAUCAUAGAAAUCAAAGGAGAAAAGCAGAACAAUUUUAAAAUCGGAUUUCACAAUCAACCCAGUAUGCAUCGUUUACAUUUGCAUGUCAUCUCCAAGGAUUUUAUAUCGGAUUGUUUGAAAACCAAGAAACAUUGGAAUAGUUUUAAUACACAACUGUUUCUUAAUUAUGAAGAUAUGCUGGUGCAAUUAGAAGAAACCAAUCAAGUCAAGCGCCUGGAAAGCGCUCUAAUUAAAGAAUUAGGUAAUAUGGACUUAAAAUGCAAUCAAUGUGCGUUUGUAGCAAAAAAUAUGCCUAGUCUAAAACAACAUUUAUUAGAGCAUUGAGAAAAUUGUAUUAGAAAAUUAAGUUUUAUAUAAAAAUAUAGAUACAUUUAUAUAAAA